UCAUGUCUGAGGCCCACAUUCUCUAUCAGACAUUGUGAUGUCACAGAGGUACUCUCCAGGCUUACCAUACAUGGGCAGUGACAUGGGCCAAACUAAGUGCAUCCCACCAGAGUACAGAUAUAUGUCUGAUAUAUUGAUCGUCUGGUGUUUAGUCUGGCCUGAUAAACCCUAAAACAGGAUAACUAUUGUUCUUUGUCCUUUCCUAAUAUAUGUUCCUGUUGGUCUCCUAAGCAAAAGCUCUGCCCCUGUCACAGCAGUCCAUAUUCAGAAACGGAAAUCUCUUGCGGCGUUCUUAGAUCUAAAUGAACAUUGCUGCUUCAACCUCAGGGUUGGAAGAGCCUGUCUCCUUCCAAGUCACACAGACUUUAUGUUUUUAUAACCGUUCCUGUGUACAUAGUCUGGGCUCAGGAUGGUUGGGAGACUUGGAGACUCAUCGCCGGGAAGAUGUCUCUGGCACCAUCGUUUACCUGUGGCCUUGGUCCAGGGGUAACUUCAGCAACAAGGAGCUCACAGAAUUUGAAACAUUCUUCCAUUCGUACUACAGUAGAUACAUUAUGGAAAUUCACAACUUUGCCAGACAAUUGAAGUAUGAAUAUCCCUUUGUCUUGCAGUAUGAUGUAGGCUGUGAGCUGCACUCUGGGAAGGCAUCAGUAGGCUUCCUGCGGAAAGCUUAUCAAGGAACAGACCUCCUGAGCUUUCAAAACAAAUCGUGGGUGCCGUCUCCACAAGGUGGAAGUAGAGCCAAGGAUGUCUGCAGACUUCUUAAUCUGUUAGUAGGUCUCACAGAAACAGUGCACAGAAUCCUCAGUGACACCUGCCCACGUUUCCUUCUCGGUCUACUGGAUGCAGGAAAAGCAGAUAUCCAGCAGAAAGUGAAGCCUGAGGCCUGGCUGUCCAGCGGUCCCAGUCCUGGGCCUGGCCGUCUGCUGCUGGUGUGCCAUGUAUCUGGCUUCUACCCAAAGCCUGUGUGGGUGAUGUGGAUGCGAGGUGACCAGGAGCAGCCUCGUACCCAGCCACGUGACCUCCUUCCCAAUGCUGAUAGGACGUGGUAUCUCCGAGUAACCCUGGAUGUGGCAGCUGGGGAGGCGUCUGGCCUGUCUUGUCGAGUGAAGCACAGCAGUUUGGGAGACCAAGACAUUAUCCUCCACUGGGAUCAUCACAACCCCACUGGAUUCAUCUUCCUGGCAGUGAUAAUGCUCGUGGCUCUUCUGGCAGGUCUUGCAUUUUGGUUGAGGAAGUGCUGGAUACACCAUGGACCUCUGAGAACUCUUCUCCCUUUGCAGUGAGAACCCAGCAGCCUGGGCUCAGAACCAGAACACAACAUGGUGAUGGCGUCCAUCAGCUCUGCUUACGAUAAUUCACAUCAUCGUAUUUCUUUCUGCUUGGUGAUCAGUUGUCAAUACAAACUAGAUGCAAUUUCACAAGAUUUAUUGUUCUGACCUGGAUUCUGAGAUUUUAAAGUUCAUGUAUUUACUUUGAAUGGAACUGGGUCAUAGAGACGUCACCUCUUCAGAAAUUCAUAGAUCAUCACUGCCAUUUCAGUCAAAUGUGGCUUCCUCUCACAUGGUGAGUACAGUCUCACUCUGUACUGGUGAUACAGAGUGGUACAGUCUCACUCUGGACUUAAAUCCAGUCACAUCUACACUCUCCAUUGCACUAUGUUCUCCUUACACUCUAUCCUUUGUUGCAAUUAUUUAAGUCAUUUUCCCAUUGAAAUAAUUCAGAUUCUUGAGAGCAAAGUCCAUAGCUGUGUAUCCCCCUAGUGAAGUGUCUUGUUAACAUGUCACAUUUUCUCAAUAAAAGUUUGGACUGAAAUUUAUGCC